GAGAGGGUGGGGCGGACUGGGCGUUUGUCUUUGGAGUGUGAGUCCUGACAGCUGUGGGCCGAAGCUGACAGCUUCCCUGUGGGUUCAGAGGUUCCCCGAGUGGGGGCUCAGAUGCCCAGCCUCCUGCGGCUCACACCUGCAAGGCCACAGCACAGGUACCUGCUCCCAGGUCCACUGGGCCCCUUGCCUCUGCUGUGAGCAUGGCCCAGGCUCCUGCUGACCCAAGCAAGAGAGGCCACCUUGAGCAGAAGAUCCUGCAGGUAUUGGGAGAUGCCAGCUCCCCUCUGAAGUCCUACCAGCUGGCGAAGGAAUGCCAAGUGCUCAAGAAGGAGCUCAACUCAGUCCUCUACCGAAUGGCCAAGGAGGGGACAGUCUCCCAAGUUGCCCCCGCAACAUGGCGCUUGGGCACAGGUGAUCCUGGAGGUGUGGAUCCCACCCAGCCUGCCCAGGACAGCCAUGCCCAGAAGCCCCAGGAAGAAGCAGCUGCCGCGGCAGAGAGUCCUGGCCCUCAGCUCAGCGAGCUGGAGGAAAGGAUCUACGGGUUUCUGAAAGCCAACGGGCCCUGCAAGGCCCUGCGCAUCGCCCAGGCCCUGGGAAUGAGGACAGCGAAGGACGUGAACCCAACCUUGUACAAGAUGAAAAGCAAGCACCUUCUGGACCAGGACCAGAAGCUGCAAGUGUGGCGCGUCUCUGCACCAGAAGAUUCUGAAGGAAGAAAUCAAUGUGCUGUAGCAGUGUGCCAGCAGAAUCCAGUCUACAUGAUCUGCCAGAAUGGACCCAACUGCCACAUUACCAUCACAAACUCUGAAGGCAUCCAGAUCGGACACGGGAACAUCUUAAUGAAGCAGAACGUCUCUGAGGGCAGCGGUCCCACAGCUCCCAACCAGCUGCCCCCAACUGCCCCAGGUGAUUCCUCGGCUCAGGGACCCCUGGCAGGUGGCUGGGGGUCCCAGGAAAUCCACAUGGAGCGGUCCCUGCUCAGACGGGUGCAGGUGGGACACAGCAACGAGAUGAGCUUCCACAGAGACCUGCCGGAAGGUCCUGCCCACAACCUCUCAUCCAGCCCCCCAGUCUCAGCCACGGCCGGUGACGGUGACUCGGAAGCUUCAUUUGAAAUGCGAAUGCCCCAGCCAGACCCUCAUCCCAAGGCGGACGCAGUCCAGAGAGUCCACAUCAAGUCCUGCUUCCUCGAGUACACCACCAUCGGCAACAGCAACAGGAUGACCGUCCUCCCAGCAGGCCCAGAGACCGCCAGCCCAGGUGCAGCCGCGGGGCCUGGAGAUGGCCGGCAGGACCCCGGGGAGCUGAAGGAGGGCGCAGAUCCCAGUUCCGAAGCCGAGCCGUCCACAAGUGAGGUCCCCGAAGAUGGGGGCCAGGAAGCCCCGGGCAAUCCUGCGCAGCUCACCCCCAAGCUGAGGGAGAUGACCCUUGGAAACAGCAGUCCCCCCGCUGCAGAGCACAGUGUCUCUGUGGGUGGACGCAGGGAGCUGGAGGGGGGCGAGUAGCAGGGACCUGGGGCUGCACUUGGGAGGCGGCAGGUGCCGGGGAACCUGCGCAGGGUGUCUUGUCUCAUGGACUCUGGACCUGCCCGCUGCCCACAUCUGGCCAGCAGGAGCCGGCUUUCAGGGUGGGCUCUCUGUUCUCUCUGGGGCCUGGGCAGGUCCUGCCUCUUGGCCUUCCGCUAUGGCUGCCUGCGCGGGUCUGAGCACUUGUGCGCUCACGUCGCAAACUCAUGUCUAAGCUCCCCCAGAGCCGCAGCAAUGGGGGGGGCCUGGCAAUGACAGACCCUCGUGACAGAACGGGCGCCCUGACGGGAGGCUGAGGGAGCUGGUUUCUCCCCUUUGCGCACAGCCUCCCUCCCUGGGAGGACACAGCAACAAGUGCCAUCUUCAAAACAAGCAGCCCUCGGCACACGGAGCUGUGGCACCUUGGUGUCGGCCUUCCCAGCCCCCUGAGCUGUGAGCAUUAAACUUCUAGUGUUUAUAAAGUG